CACCGCCUCUCUCCAUUGUCCCCCUCAGCUCCCUGCCCUUUCCCGGUAGCCGUCCCGGCCCCGGUCCCCGUCCAUGUCGCGGUCGGGAGGCAAUGGCACCGCCGCGCUGGAGCGGGCCGGGGCAGAGACGGUGAAGCGGGCGGUGGAGCUGGACGUGGCAUCUCGGUUCCAGGAGUCACUGGUGUGUUACCAGGAGGGCAUCGAUCUCCUGCUGCAGGUGGUGAAAGCCACGAAGGAUGAGGCAAAAAAGCACCGCUACCGGCAGAAGAUCUCCGAGUACAUGACCAGAGCCGAAGACAUUAAAAAACACAUCGAGAAAGAGAAACAAGAUGGCAAAUACCAUAAGCAAAUCAGGAUAGAGGAAAACGCAAUGGGUUUUGGCUACGAAAAGCUUUUCCAUGAGUACCUUACUGAGGUUGUUUCUGAAGUUUGGGUGGAGGACCCAUACAUUAGGCACGUUCAUCAGUUGUAUAACUUUCUACGAUUCUGUGAGAUGCUAAUUAAGGGGCCGUGCAAAGUGAAAACAAUCCACCUCCUCACUUCCUAUGAUGAGGGUAGUGGGAGGAGUCAGCAGAUGAGUGGCUUGGAAGAAAUACAACAGUCAUUAAGAAAUUAUGGAGUAACACUGAAUAUUGAAUUUUCAUCUUCAAUACAUGAUCGAGAAAUCAGAUUCAACAAUGGAUGGAUGAUUAAGAUUGGAAGGGGUCUUGAUUAUUUUAAGAAACCGCAGGGUCGUUUCAGCAUUGGAUACUGUGACUUUGACUUGCGACCUUGUCAUGAAACAACAGUGGAUGUCUUUCACACUAAACACACAAAGAAAAUGUAAUCAGAUAUGACUGCUUUUAAUAAGUGUUUUCAUAAGCAUAAAAAUGUAAGACUGGAAGAUGUUCCUUGAGUCCAGCUGUCUACCCUCAGAAGCAACUCUUCCAAGUACUUAGUGCAGCAUAGCUUUUAUAAUCUAUAGGUAUAAGAAUACUUGAGGCUUUUCAGUCUGAGAAAACACAACUGUAAAUUCCUUUACUGUACUUCUUCUGUAAUCUUAAUUAAUACAAUCCAUGUCUAAAUUUUAUCUUGAUUUCAUAACAGACCCUCAAUAUUGUCUUUCAAAGGCCUCUUUACUGUCAUUUCUAUUUUUACUACUGAUUUUGUCUUGAGCCAAUUUUGGGGUUUAUAUCUGUAAUUGACCACCUCACAAACAUUGGAAGCUGGGCUGCCACAUGUCCUCUUUUACCAGCAAUCUUAUUUACUUCCUUUAAUUACUGUAUUCUAGUCAUGACUACUAUUCUACUGGGUUUUAGUCAAUCUCGUAAUACCUUAUUUCACAGACUUUACUAGUAACCCCAAAUUUAACAUUCCAUUUUCCAAGCCUCUUGCCUACAAGAGUUUUAGUGUUCAGUAUUCAGUAAUUUUAGGGUUGUCUUAUGUGUCUCUGCAUGAUGGAUUUUGGACAAGGAAGGCUGCAAACAGCUGUAUUCUCUUCCCUGUCACUCCUAUAUGUUUUUUUAUUCCAUGAUGUAUGGUCAUAUACCUGAUUUCCAUCCUUUGCAUUAGGUGUGGAAAGGAUGUAUGAUCUUCUCCCAGUCUUAUUCUCUGACUUUAAGGUCCAAUGACUGGCUACUCAUGCCAGUCUCAACUGCAUUUUUCCCUACUAUUAUGGUAGUCCCCUAAAAAACCCAAAAUUUAUUUUUAAGUUUU